GAUGUCCGCCUUGGUACGAAAAUGCCAGACCAUUGUCCGAAAAUGAGUGCAAACCAGAGGCCGAGACUCAGCGCGCAGGGUGGGCGAUCCGACUCAGCCGAGUCAGACGACUCGGCGAUACUCAACGAGCGAAUUCUCAUCCUCGUAUUCGAGUCGAUCAAGUGGGACAUCCACGUGCUCUGCCAGGCGGCUUCAGUCAGCCGAAAGCUCCGCGCCAUAGCCAAGCGGCUUCUAUGGAGAGAAGCCUGUGCGUAUCGCGCGCCGCGGAUGGUAUCCGCAUUGACGAACGGCGGGCCGAGCAGCCGAAUCGGAGGCGGCUGGCACGCGCUGGCUAAGCUUCUCUUCUUCUGCUGCGGCUGCGAAUCAACUCAGCGAUUUCAAGCGACUCAGCCGGGUCACUUCGUCAAUGCGUCCCGGUUUUCGAAGACGUCUGGUCGGAGCUUCUUGACGAAGAAAUGUCGGGGCGAUUUGCUGUACGUGAGCGACCCGUGUGAGCACCCGAGAGCGAAUGGUAGAGAAGAUGAUUUGGGGAUUUACAGAGGGGUAUUUCGGGGAUUUAUUAAAUCGACGACGAGGGCUUGUUUGGUUGCAAGGCAAGUUGUGUUCGAGGAAAGGGUUAGGUGCCCGUAUUGUGGGUCCCGCGUUUGGAGUAUGACUACGGCUAGGCUCGUGCCGAAGAGUGCGGCGAGGAGGCUUGGCUCGCACGAUGGAGGGUUGGAGUAUUUUGUGUGUGUGAAUGGCCACUUGCAUGGUUCAUGCUGGUUAGUCCCUCUGUCGUCUGAUGAAGGCAAUACCGACGAUGAAGAUAACGAUGCCGAUGACGAUGACGACAAUAGUGGUGGUGUUGGGCCUAGUGGAUAUGGUGGGGCCAAUGGUUUUGGAUUUGAUGAUCAGACGGUUAGUAAUGGAAGUAUGAUGAAUGUUGUUCGUGAUGGGCCGACAGCUUGAAGGUUUCAGUUGUUUUUGGGCCUGAGUGGGCCAGCUUGAGAUCUUCAGUUCUCAUACGUCAGCAUUAUUGGAUUUUUUUUUAAGAUUUGCUAAUCAAAUAACGAUUGAUUUUUUUAGUAAGGUUAAAAUAUCAUAUUUUUUGUAUUAAUUUUAUUUACUUUUUAAUGUGACAUUUUAUAUGUUAUUCA